UCUUGUGCCCGGCUGUUUAUGGUUUUCCAUUGGAUCAGAACAACAAAAACAUGCAGAAGCUCAUAUUUUUAUUCUGUUUAUUUGAUAUGUCAUGCUCCAACAGAAUGGGUUUUCACUCCUUGUGGAUGAUGGGAACAUACAUCAAAGGAAAGACUCCAUUUCCAGAAUUCAUGGCGUAUGUGAUGUUAGAUGAUAUUGAGUUUGGGUACUACGACUCAAAUGAACAGAAAAUGAUUUACAAGAACAUUCAUAAGGACUCAGGGAGAGUGAUUGAUGCAGAAGAUGAUUAUACUGAAUUUUUUCAACAAUUAUAUAGACGCAUUAAUCUUAGGGCAUCCAAUAUAAAACACUACUUCAACCACACAUGAGAGCUACUGGAUGUGAACUACUGAACAAUGAUCGUCCAGGACCAAUGUUUACUAAAGAUGCUUACAAUGGAGAGAGUGUAGUCAUAGACCAUUAUGAUGCAGACCAUGAUGCUCUUCGCAUUGAGUGGAGAUGGCCAGAUAUCGAGGAUAAACCAUGGACUCAACGGAUGAACUUUCCCUUGCACUACAGAAUGAUAUACCACCCACUCUGCAUAAAAUAUCUUAGAAAGCAUCUGGUCAAAGAAAGGAAUCGUGUGCUGAAAAAAGUGAAGCCCAGAGUCAGGCUCCUCCAGAAGACACUCCCAGACUCUGGAGGGCCCAAAGUGACCUGUCUGGCCACUGGUUUCUACCCUCGUCACAUCAACCUGACCCUGCUCAGAGAAGGCCAGUCUGUGUCUGACCACCAGAUCACUGGGGGGGAGCUGCUACCUAAUGGAGAUGAGACGUACCAGAUGAGGAAGAGCCUGGAGGUCAGCGCAGAGGAACUACAGCAUCACCACUAUACCUGCACAGCUGAACACCUCAGCCUGGACAACAAACUGGAGAUUAGUUUAGGUACCUGGAUCUUGAUAUUAGGAAUAUAUAGUGUUGAGUUAAACCCGAUGCCUUCACAUAAAAAAAACGAUACGAUUUCAGACGUUUUUAGAAUCGAUACUUUAUUAAAAUAAUAACGUUCUGUGUCUGUGUGAACUGCUCCCACUCUCCAUGUCAAGCAGGCAUCUCUGAGUGAGUGAUUGCGCAGCCAACAUCAGCAUAGUCAACACAGUCCUCGGCUUGUGGAUAAAACAAAAGGUGAAGUGAAAUCUGAAACUAUUUUGGAUACAUCGUGGAUAGUGAAGGCAAGC